GCCGCGGCGAGGCGAGCCACAACCUCGCCACACAAAGGGCCAUAUUGCGUCACUUCGGCGGCACUGGCCCUUGAUCAUGUUACCGGAGCCCCUAUCCGCUGCCGCCGGCGCCGCGAUUUUCCGCGGUCCGGCCCCUGCAGCCACUCUGGAGAAAACAUGACUGGCGCGAACAAUUUUUGGUGUGGGCCACGACAGGGGCGAGGGGCUGGCCUCCGGAUUACGAACCAGUUUCGAUAGGCAUAUCGAAAUCACCGACGCGGUGCCCUGCAACUGUCAGACCCUGCUGAAAUCAUACAAGCUCGAUUCAACGAACAAGAAAACCAGUAUGACUACUACGUUCAUUAUGAAGGGUACAAUCGGAGGCUCGACGAAUGGAUCCCUCGGGAUAGGAUUAUGCUGUCCAGAUUUAAUAUGUCUGAUCACCAAUGGAAAAAUGACCAACGAACAGGGGAUCUAUUGUCAGAUCAGUCUGACAGAAAAAUAACAAGAAACCAGAAAAGAAGACACGAUGAAAUCAAUCAUAUCCAGAAGACCUAUGCUGAAAUGGAUCCUACUACUGCUGCAUUAGAGAAGGAACAUGAAGCAAUCACCAAAGUAAAGUACAUUGACCGUAUCCAAAUUGGUCGGUACGAAAUUGACACAUGGUACUUCAGCCCAUACCCGGAUGAGUAUGGGAAACAGCCCAAACUGUGGAUUUGUGAAUACUGUCUGAAGUAUAUGAGGUUAGAGAAAACUUACAGAUAUCACAUGCAGAGUGAAUGCACUGCAAGGCAACCUCCAGGAAAGGAGAUUUAUCGCAAGGGAACGUUGUCCAUUUGGGAAACUGAUGGAAGUCAUCACAAAGUGUAUUGCCAAAGCCUCUGUCUUUUAGCUAAACUCUUUUUGGAUCACAAAACCCUAUAUUUUGAUGUGGAGCCAUUCCUCUUCUAUGUGCUUUGUGACAUUGAUAAGCAUGGUUCACAUCUUGUAGGAUACUUCUCUAAGGAGAAAGAGUCUCCGGAUGGCAACAAUGUUGCCUGUAUUUUGACACUCCCUCCAUACCAGCGUCAAGGUUAUGGAAAACUGCUCAUAGCUUUUAGUUAUGAGUUAAGUAAACACGAAGGUGUUGUUGGUAGUCCUGAAAAGCCUCUUUCUGACUUAGGAAAGCUUAGUUACCGAAGUUAUUGGUCUUGGGUUUUACUGGAAAUCCUGCGUGAUUUCAGGGGUACUUUAUCUAUAAAAGAUCUCAGUGAAAUGACAAGUAUAGCCCAGACAGACAUUAUUUCUACAUUGCAGUCCAUGAACAUGGUAAAAUAUUGGAAAGGUCAACAUGUCAUCUGUGUUACUCCAAAGUUAGUUGAAGAACACAUCAAAUCGUCGCACUUCAAGAGACCUCGGCUUACAGUGGACUCAACUUCUUUACAAUGGUGUCCACCAAGAAGAACAAAUAAUGUGAGAUAUGGGAAGAAGUAAUAGCCUGUAAAGGAAGUAAUUUUUUUCUGACAGAGUGUAUUAUUAUCCAACCAUUUCUUAUUAACUUCUGGUUGCUCUGUACAGUUUUCUUUUUCAAACAGUAGUGCCUUGCUUCAUAGGUUUCUCAGAGUGUAUCUUUAUUAGAAAAAUUCUUAGUUUUUCUGUGGUGUGUGCGUUUGGUAGAGAGUGAGAAAGUUAAUGAGUCAGUGAGUGUAGAGUGUGGGCCCCUAUCUUGUUUUUCCCCUAGCGAAGCUUCUGCACUUGUCUCAGUCUAUUUGUGAUGAAGUGAUAAUGUCAUCUCUAAACUCUGUAAUUAUUUCCUUUUACUGGAUUAUUCUUGCGAGAAUAUUGUUAGUUGUGUUUUAUGGUUCCCAAGCCACUCCCCUUUUGUAUGAAUGUGUGUGUGUGUUUGCUCUUAUAUGCAUUUUGAAUCUUUUUGUCUCAUUUGGUGUAAAAGGGUGGGUUGCAAUGAUGUUUGAAGAUGGUUUGCUCAUAUCCCAUUUGUAUUAAGUGCAUCUACUCUAGCUUCAGGAUAACUGACCAUUGGCGCUUUUGAAGUGUUGGUCUUUGAGCAUUACUGUUGUGUAGAAGCUAGUUAAAAGAAACUCGUUUUGCUUGUUAUGAAUUAUUUAUUGCUGCCAGCUAAUGAAUUUCUGAUGAAAAGAAAACAGAUUAAAAAUGUCAUCUGAUGUUAGUUUUUAGUUGAUGGCACAUAGUGCAACCCAACUGAAAGACUAGUUAGUAUCAUGUCGGUUGGUACUUGUACAUCUUCCAUGCUGAAUUUAAUUCAAGGAAGCGGAACAUUUUUGGUCAGUUCCAUAAAUUUUUCUUUGUAUGAAGUACUUCUUUGAAGAGUUCACUUCUGACUCAUUUUCAUCCAAUCAAGUCCUCAACAGAAAUAUUGGUUUUGUUUUGAUUUGAUUACAAUUAUGUGUACAAUGUAAUAAAUCCUAGUGCUCAGUUACUCUCAUUGAUGCCCUAGGUAUACCUUAUUAAAGCAUUUUCUUAGCAUUGCAAUUUAAAUAUUUCAGCACAUCAAAUCUGAUAAUGUACCUGAAUUAUAAAAUUAAAAUAUCACUAUGUGCAGCAGCACUGUGAGAAUUUAGAAUGGUAAGUUAGCGUAAGUUAUUAUGUGAUUUGUUCCCUGUGUCCACUUGAGUAACUUUGUCAAAUUUGGAAGCACUUUGACUUUUUGGUGUGUUUUCUGAUCUAAAAGCACAUAGUUAAAAAAGUUUUCUUUCUUUCUUUUUUUCCUCCUCGUAUUGUUGUAGUUGGCGUCAUGUAACAAAUAUGUAGUUUGCCCUAUUUUGAUAAUUAAUAUUUGUAACUGUUCAGUGGAUAGUGAGGCUGCGUUUGCAGCUGUAGUAGUCAUAGUAGUGGGUGAUUAGGUUUCGUGGUUACCUCAUAUUGGUGUAGUUAAACUUUGAGCCAGCCAUAAUUUUCUUUCAACAGCUUGUACGUAUAAUAAGCUGUUGCUCAUGUCACAUUAACUGGACUUUAUAACAUAUAUUUUUUGUUAGGUUUUAAUGAUGGUUUUAAGAUUUUUGUAACUUCACUGUUCAAUUUGUCACACAAACGCUUCUAAGAGACUGAUUGUAUUUCCAUUUCAUCAUUAUUGAGUAUUUCACUGCUUAUAGGCACUUUCUGUAUCCAAUUCACAUUAUCUCUUUUGUUUCUUCAUCAUUGUGAGAGUCUGUUAAUUUACUCUAUGUUGACUUCAUCAAACCUAUUUACAUUAUAUGUACUAUCCUUAUGCUUUCAUUUUUUUUCUUUCCUUAAUUUUUAUGUAUGAAAGCAGAUAUCGUGCCUUACAGUCAAGUGACAUCUAAAUUCCGUAGGAGACACUUUUUCAGGAACAUGCACCUGGUAGUUCUCCCUAGCUUUUUCAUUUUGUGGGUUAGAGGAAUGUGUUGUGGAGAACUGUAACAUCAUUUUAAAACAUUGACAAUAAAUGCUCUGCAUUUUCUCA